GUCAUCUAGUGACACAUGAAAAGCCAUUUGAAUGCUCUUACUGCCAAAAGAAAUUUGCAGUUGAGAAAACAUUGAAUUGUCACCUAAGAAUGCAUGAGAAGCCAUUUGAAUGCUCUUACUGUCAAAAGAAAUAUGCAGUUGAGAAAACAUUGAAGUGUCACCUAAGAAUGCAUGAGAAGCCAUUUGAAUGCUCCAACUGCCAAAAGAAGUUUGCAGCUGAGGAAAAGUUGAAGCGUCAUCUAAAAACACACGAAAAGGCAUUUGAAUGUUGUUAUUGCCAAAAGAAAAUUGCUGAUAAGACAAAACUUGAACGUCAUUUAAGACAACAUGAGAAACCAUUUGAAUGCCCUCACUGUGAAAAGAAAUAUUCACAUGAGGUCAUACUGAAGCAGCAUCUAAAAUCACAUGAAUUCUUUGAAUGUUCUUAUUGUCAAAAGAAAUUUGCAGCUAAGAGCAAGCUCAAACGGCAUCUAAAAGUACAUGAGAAACCCUUGGAAAGCAGUCAUCAGUCAUAUGAAUGCUCUUACUGUCAAAAGAAAUUGAUAACCUUACGUUAUUUGCAAGAGCAUGAAAGGACACACACUGGAGAGAAGCCAUUUAAAUGUUCUUACUGCGAAAAGGCAUUUGGACAGAAAAGGGCUUUGAAGCGGCACACGUUAGGGCACACUGGAGACACGCCCUAUGAAUGCUCUCACUGCAAAAGGAAAUUUUCGGAAAGGGCUACUUUAGUAUAUCAUGAGAGAACGCACACUGGAGAGAAGCCAUUUGAAUGUUCUUACUGUGAAAAGAAAUUUGUAUGUAAAAACUUGUUGAGAAGUCAUUUAAGAGUACAUGGUGUAGACAAGCCCUUUCAAUGCACUGAAUGCGAUAGGAAAUAUGCAAACAAGAUACAAUUAAACAGCCAUUUUGCUAAAUCGCACAUGAAUCCAAAGAAGUUUGAAUGCUCUUUCUGUGWAGAAAAGUUUGCCUAUGAAUAUGAUUUAACAUGUCACGAGAAAACACACACUGGAGAGAAGCCUUUUGAAUGCACUCAGUGCGAAUACAAAACCUAUCAAAGUAAAAGUUUGAAAAUUCACCUUAAAAYGCACCGGAAGACACAAGAAACUCAGAAAGAAGACCCUCCUGAAAGAGAGAAGCCUUUUGAAUGUUCUGUCUGUCAGAAGAAGUUUGCAAGAAAGAAUGAUUUGGCACGGCACACAAUGACGCAUACUGGUGAGAGACCCUUUGAAUGUUCUAUCUGCAAAAGGAAAUUUCGACGAAAACAAGAACCAGAAGAAACCUGUACGACAAUUGGUCAGCCAGUAACCAAUCAAGACUCAGAUGAAAAUGGCUUUAAUACCAUGCAUAUCAACACACAUYAUGUGACUAGYAGCGCAGAAACRUCCUCUUUUGAAGAACCAGUUGUUUUGUAUGUUCUUGGAGAUGACUUAGAUAUUCGUACAGGUCUGGAAGAUGAUCUAGAUAAUGACAGAACAAAUGACAUCYCAGYGGCAUUUGAUGSUGCUCAAGAMGAAGGAAGAACAASCAUUGCAAAAAAGCCAUURAAAUGUUCUCAAUGCAGGAAGAAAUUUGCAACGAAAACCAARCUUGAGUAUCAUCUUCGAAAACAUGAAAAAKCAUUUGAAUGCUCAGUUUGUCAAAAGAAAUUUGGCCUAAAGGCAACGUUUGACCGUCACCUAAGGACACACAAGGAUCCAUUUAAGUGUUCUCAUUGUGAAAUGAAAUUUUCWACAAAGRCUAAGCUUGACUGUCACCUCAAAAAACACCGGAAGCCUUUUGAAUGUUCUCACUGCAAAAAGAAAUUCCAAGGGGAGAAAACAUUUAACCGCCAUCUAAGAACACAUAGCGARAAGUCCUUUGAAUGYUCYCACUGUGAAAAGAAAUUUGUAUCGAAGUCAACACUUGAACGCCAUCUCAAACAACAUGAGGAGAUCUAUGAAUGUAGUUUCUGCAAAAAGAAAUUUGCAAAGAAGACGAUAUUUGGCCUUCAUYUGAAAAUUCAUGAGAAASCUUACGAGUGUUCUCAUUGUCGGAARAAGUUUAGAGACUUGUCAAAUCUUGACYGUCAUAUGGUGACUCAUGAGAAGYGCUUUCCGUGUUCUCACUGCAAAAAGAAGUUUGCAGACGAAGCAAWGCUGACAAGCCACCUAAMAAAGCAUGAAAAACCCUUUGAAUGUUCUUAUUGUCAAAGGAAGUUUGCUCUCGAAGCUAAGCUGGAACGUCAUUUAAGACAACAUGAGAAGCCGUUUGUGUGCUCCUACUGYGAAAAGAAGUUCACAGAUGAAGCAAAGCUGGAAGUUCAUCUAMGAAAACAUGAGAAGYCAUUUGCAUGUACCAAUUGUCCAAAAAAAUUCUCAYAUGARUCACUGCUAAAGCGUCAYCUGAGAAAACAYGAGAAAAAAACUUAUGAGUGUUCAUUUUGUCAAAAGAAACUUCUAAACGUUCGCUUUUUGAKGGAACAUGAGAGAACGCACACUGGAGAAAAGCCAUUUGAAUGUUCUUAUUGCGAAAAGAAAUUUGCACGAAGGAGUGGGUGGAGACGGCAUACGUUUGGGCACACUGGAGARACACCCUACGAAUGCUCUCACUGCCAAAAGAAGUUUUCGGAAAGGGCUACUUUGGUGURUCAUGAGAGAACGCAYACUGGYGAAAAGCCSUUUGAGUGUCCAACCUGUCAAAAGAAAUUURUMAGUAAAAAUCUAUUGACCAGUCAUGUAAGAGUACACGCUGUGGAAAAGCCCUUUGAAUGCUCUUACUGCAAARGAAGGUACGCMAGUACUACUCARCUGAAAACCCAUAUUGCUCGAUCACACAAUACUCCAGAAAAGCCCUUCAAGUAUGAAUGCUCUUACUGCCAGAAAAAGUUGGCAMAUAAGCACGAUUUUAGGCGUCAUGUACAAAAGCACACCGAAGAGAGGCCUUAUCAAUGUCCGCAGUGUGAUUCCAAGUUCAAACAAAAUAAGCAUCUGAAAAACCACCUUAAAAUCCACACCAAACCCCCAAAACCUAAAGUUGAAAGAGAAAGACCCUUUGAAUGUACUGUCUGUCCAAAGAAGUUCUCCAAAAAGAACGAUUUGACUCGGCACACAAGAAUGCAUACUGGAGAAAAGCCCUAUGAAUGUCMUAUUUGCAAAAUGAGAUUCAGACAAAAGACACAUUUGACAGGUCACCAGAGAGUACAUAAUAAAGAGAAUACUGAGGUAGCUAGUACUCCAAGACAAAGUGCAGACACUAAAAAUGCAUUGCAAGGAAACGAAGAAACAGUAAGUGAAGAAGCUUCUCAAAAUUCUCCAGAUAAAAAAUCUCCACAAGCAGAAGAGGACACCAUUUGUGGAGACAAGUAUACACSUAAGACUGAAAUUGCUCAUCAACCGAAUGAAGAAACAUUUAAUGAAGAGCUUAUUCAAGCUGUCGAUGCUGCAUUACAACCAGCCGCUGACAUUGAAAUAACUGUACAGAGCAAGGAAACAGUCAGCGAAGAGAGUGCUCCAGAUGAUAGUGCAAGUCAAACAGACAGUCUUGGGAUUCCUGUGCCACCAAGUGCGAGAACACUGGKGAAGACUGCUCAAGAUGAUGAUUCUGGACUACAACAAGAUGACAGCAUUGGAAUUUCUGGUGAAACCACCAAUGGAGAAGUUACUGACGAUAGUGCACAAGGCUCUAAUACCACAAGACAACAAGGCAACACUGGAAUUACUACUCUUCAAGUGAGUGACUCCCUUUUCACAGACCUUCUAGAAUUUUUUUAGAGCAGGCUGAUCUGCUUUUGGUUAGUGCAUAGUUUGUAGAGGGAAAUGGUUAGGCAGGUGSCGCGGAGGUGCAUUAUGGCGUAACUUAACUAUUACUACCAGAGAGUCUUGCGCAUUUUCAUUGUUAUUCAGAUUUUUAAUUUAAUCUCCUUGGAGAUUAAUAAAACAAUUGGCACUAAUUGCAUUACAAAAGAAAGUUAGCAAAUCAUUCUGGUAGUUGUAGUAAAUGACGCCAUAAUGCAAAUCCGCUAUUCCUUACAAUAGUUGUAGCUUAGUAUAUUGUAAGGAUGUCUUAUGCAGGGAGCAUGUGAUUGUUGUAGGUAAAAAARAAAUUGACAUCAAAUUCAGCUUAAGACAGUGUUUUUAGAUAUUGUAAUGUCAUAGGCAGCCAGCCGACCAAGACAUUUGAACAUAUUUACAAAUAUUUUAUCAUAUCAUUUAGAUAUUUUUGAAUAACCAACAAGUGAAAUUAUAUGAAAGAUGUUCAUUAAGAACUGAUUGAUUUUUUAUAAUAGAGCAAACGCAGGAAAACCAUGAAAUAAAACCAAACUAAAUACUAACAAAUAAUUUACUAGAGAUGAUUUGUCAGUAUCA